CGGUAACUUGAUGUAACCCAACUUAUUUGAAUUGAACGUACCUAUGUUUAUAACAUUUAAUUCAGUUCACAAAAAAAAUCGCUCAUAAAAGUAAAAAAUGUUGUUAAGUGAUAGAAUAAGCUCUAUAGUUCCGAUAAAUAUUUGGUAUUCUUUAAGUUUAACUUUAAUUAUGGCUGUGGCUCAGGACCCGGUGGCUAACUUGCCGCAAGGACGAAUUGUAGGGAUUAAAGUUUAUACGGAGAAUUCCCUUACGCCUGUUGAAAUUUAUUACGGAGUACCAUAUGCGACACCCCCAAAAGGUCGAUACAGAUUUUCGGCUCCAGAACGGCACACAGGCUGGAGACGAACAUUUUUUGCCCAUCGAUUACCACCACACUGCCCGCACGUUGGAGACAGUGAUAACGAUAAUUACAGCGAAGAUUGUCUAUACCUAAAUAUAUGGACGCCUCGGCGCUCGGAUGGUAAAACUUUACCAGUUGUGGUUAUAUUAUUCAGUGAAUCAUGGAUAAGGGGCGGUGUAUCUCUGCCUUGCCAAGAACUAGCGGCUGAAGGAGUAGUUGUGGUGACAGUAAUGUAUCGCUUACAUUUGCUUGCCUUUUUCACGCUACGCUCUAUAUCAGCUCGCGGUAAUCUAGCACUGUUGGAUCAAUACCUGGCAUUGCUUUGGGUGCGUGACAACAUCGCUGCAUUCGGUGGAGACCCGACCGCCAUAACAUUGUUGGGCCACUCGGCUGGAGCUGACAGUGUAUUAUACCAUAUGACGUCACCUCGAACUAUUGGUCUUUUCCAAAGGGCGCUUAUAAUGUCGCCACGUGAUAUCUGGAAAGCAAUAGAUGAAAGCAAAAUUGUUAAAUUCAGUGAAGUUGAAAGAUUAUCUCGUGAAAUCGCAAGUUCACUUGGCUGUAACAAUAACACAGAUAAUGAAAUUCUGCAUUGUAUGCGUGAACGUCCUUUGUCGGAUUUAAUGUCAUUAUACUCGAACGAAACCUUGAGCGCGGGGAUGCAACCUAUAUCUGACAAUUUUUUACCAGAAUCGGAGCAGUUUUUACCACUUACGCUUACGAAGUAUUUGUCACUGAAUAAGCAAUCUACACGACAAUUGGAUUUACUUCUAGGAUGUAACGACAUUGAAGCUUUGAACUACAAUGAUGCGAAAUACAAAGAAUUCCUGGAGAAAGGCACUCAGUAUGUAUCUGAUUACGCCAAUAAUGAGAUUAUACCUGAAAGCCUUCAGUUGUUUUCUUACGAACAGUCGGAAUCGUUGGCAAUGUUGGCAGAAGCGGUACGAUGGGAAUAUUGGAGAGAGAAAACAAAAAAUGAAAAAGAAAUACUUAGUAGAAUUGAGAUUCUUGGUCGAGUGGAAUCGUCUGCGAAAUGGACCGCCGGUAUAGCUCUCAUAGCAGCCCGCUUGGCCAGGAGAGUAUCGCGGCUUUAUGUCUAUAGAUACUCACAACCCGGAGGCGUUGAUCUGGAAGGUCGUCAGUACAAUUUUACAGGAGCUGUUCACGGAUCCGACUUAGUGUCACUUCUAGGUGACGCUUUGAUGCUUCAAGCUGCUCGUCGACCUGCAACUAAAGACGAGAAACGGAUGUCAUCAAUUUUACGACAAUAUGUUGUUAAUUUCAUAAAAAACGGAUCACCUGACGAUGAAACCGUGUGGCAGAGCUACAAGACAGGUGAUGCAAAUAUAUGCGACAUUCGUGAUGCGGAAAGUGCCACCAACAACUACCACAGCGCUAAAAGAGAUGUUCGAUUUUGGCUUCAGUAUUUACCCCACCUUUACGAAAUAUCCAACGUUGAAGAGAAAAAAAGCAAACUGACGGAUAAACAAGGUGACAGACUCCGGGGUGGUGUGCUUGCGAUGUGUGGAGUAACUGUAAUGCUACUGUUACUACUACUUGUAUGCGCCAUACUAUUACACAGGCAAAAGUCUCGUCGUUUUACUGUGACUGAUGAUAAUCAUCACUAGAUAAAAUUUUACUUCGAUUGAUUGUGUAUUUGUAACAAGUUUACUCACAAAAUAAAUUGUGCUGUACCUAA